AUGUGAUUUUUUUUAGUAGGUUAUAUUUUUUUUAUAGGGGUGCUAGUGAAUUUAUUUAUGUUGUAUUAUUUUAUUUUGGAGGAAAAUUUUAUAUUGCUAGAGGUUGUCUUAUGAGAUUUUUCAUUGUUAGAGGUAAAAUUGUAUUUUUAUGUGGAUUAUAUGUCAGUGUUAUUUAUAUUAGUGGUUAGAAUAAUUUCUAUAUUAACUUUUUUUUUUAGAAGGGUGUAUAUAGGAGUAGAGAAUAAUAAAUAUUAUUUUAUUAUUUUGACUUUUAUUUUUGUAAUUUCUAUAUUUAUUGUUAUUUUGGGGAUGAAUUUAUGAAUAAUUUUAUUAGGGUGAGAUAUGUUGGGUGUAGUGUCUUAUUUUUUAGUGGUGUUUUAUAAUUCUGAGAUAAGAAAUUAUUCAGGUAUUAUUACUGUUAUAACAAAUCGUUGAGGGGAUGUAGGCUUGAUUUUGUCUUUAUUUUUUUUUUUAAAUGAUUAUUCUUUUGAUAUUAUUAGAGAGGCUAGGUUAAAGAAUUUAUUUUUUAUUUUUUUAUUAAUAAGAUGUUUUACUAAAAGAGCUCAGUUUCCUUUUAGAGCGUGGCUUCCUUUAGCAAUAGCGGCGCCUACUCCGAUUUCGGCUUUGGUUCAUUCCUCAACUUUAGUAACAGCAGGUGUUUAUUUAUUUAUUCGGUUUAGGGGGUUUUUUAAAAAUAAUAGCUUUUUAUUAAAGUUAGUUUUAUUAUUAAGAGUUUUUACUCUAAGGGUGGCAGGAGUAAUAGCUUUUUUUGAAAUAGAUUUAAAAAAGGUUAUUGCUUUUUCUACUCUUUCUCAAUUAAGUUUGAUAAUAAUUGUUUUAUUUUUAGGUAAUGAGGUUUUAAGAUUUUUUCAUAUUCUUAGGCAUGCUUUAUACAAAGCUAUGUUAUUUUUAUGUUCAGGGGUGUUAAUUCAUGAGAGAGGGAAUAAUCAAGAUAUUCGAGGGAUAAAUAAAGUAUUGAAAAGUAAUAAGUUAGUGCCUAGAGUUUUAUUAGUUUGUAGGUUGUCUUUAAUAGGUUUUCCUUUUUUAAGAGGAUUUUAUUCAAAGGAUUUAAUUAUAGAAAUAGUUUUUUCUUUGAAUUUUAAUGUAUUUUUUUUUAGGUUUAUAGUAGUUUCUGUUGUUCUUACUGUCAUUUAUAGUUUGCGUUUAAUUUAUUAUAGGGUUUUAAUAGGAAAAAUAGGGGGUAGGUUUAAUUUUGUUAGAGAGUGAAAUUUUAUAUAUUUAGUUUUAAUAUUAGGAGGAGUAGGUGUCCUGUUUUUAGGGUCUUUAUUGAAUUGGCUAAUAAUUGAGAAAUUGGAGUUUAUUUUUUUAAUUAAAAGAGUGAAAAGAUUGUGUUUAGUGCUGGUUUUAAUUAGAUUUUUUUUUUAUUUUUGUGUAAAUAUGGAUUUUUUAAAAAUUUUAAAAAAUAAGCAAUACAUAUAUACAAGAUUUUUUUUAGUUUCUUUUCAAGGGGCUGUUUUUAAUGUUUUAUUUAAUAAAACCAAUUAUAUAGUAUUUUAUUUUGAACAAAUAUUUGAGAGCUCUCACUCUAAAGUUUUUUAUGUAAGUGUGGAAGAUAGAAUUGCAUAUUUGGGUCUGAUUAAGUAUUUUUAUUUUUAUUUUAGCUUAAUAGGCUUAUUAUUGGGUUAUAAAUUUUUAUUUGUCAAAUUAGUUAGUUUCUCUUAG